CAUAGAUCUCCGGAUACCACUAACAUGGCAGACAAGAAGCAGCAGCUCGUUCUGUCCAUAAUCGACUUUCUAAACCAAUCCAUAGACGAUGGCACAGUCAAGCAAGACGACAGGGAAGGACUUGAAGUCGCCAUUCAAUGCAUCGGCGAGGCAUUUGGUGUCGAUCCAUCGGACGACAAGCAACGGGAACGUCUAAGCAUUAAACCAGCGAAGCUGCAAACCAUAUUCGACGUGUUCUUGAAGACAAGAAGCAAAGUAGGACCCUCGUCAGCACCCACCACACCCUCUGCCCCUUCAACAGAAGACAAGGCUAAGGCUGAGAAACUCAAGCAGACGGGAAAUACCCGCAUGACAGCUAAGAAGUAUGACGAAGCCAUUGACGCGUACACUAAAGCCAUCGCGCUCGACUCUACCAAUCCUGUCUAUUACUCUAACAGAGCAGCUGCAUACGCUAGCAAAGGCGACCAUGCAUCUGCAAUCCUCGAUUCUGAAAAAGCCAUUGAAGUCGAUCCCACGUUCGUCAAGGCAUACUCUCGUCUAGGAAACGCGCACUACACCUUGGGAGACUACAAAGCUGCCGCUUCCGCAUUCAAAAAGGGAGUUGAGCUCGACCCUACGAACGCCAACCUCAAAUCUGGUUUACAAAAUGCCACGGACCGUAUUCCUUCUGAAGAUGAUGACGACGAUGGUCCACCGCCACUCGUGCCUGAAGGUGACAUCCCGAUGUCAAAUGUAUCUUCAAACGCACGCGGUGAUGCAGGUGCAGGUGGACUCGGUGGUAUGGCAGACAUAUUCCGCAACAUGGGUGGUGCAGGCGGCAUGCCCGACCUCGCUGGCCUCAUGAACAACCCUAUGAUGAUGCAAAUGGCGCAACAGAUGAUGGCGAAUGGCGGAAUGGAGAGGCUUAUGUCGAAUCCAAAUGUCGCUAACAUGAUGAAUCGCAUGCAAUCUGGCGGGACCACGCCAUCUAUGGAAGAAAUUAUGGCAGAUCCAGAGUUGAGGAAUAUCGCCAGCCAAUUUGGAACUGGACGGUGAUUGAAGUGGGUCCCGGGCAUGUUUGGGUUUGGAACAAGUAGCUUACACCGAGCAUUGGUAUCAGAAGAUCAAUCACUUGUACGGAAUGGAUUCAUUGUGACUUUACUACACCCUCGCGAUUGUGCAUGUCGUCAGCUCGACCAGAAAAUACAAUUAAUGGUGGUGGUAUCACCACCAAAUUA